UGACCCACGCACGAUAAACAACGAUUACAACACGUGUUGUGCUCACUUUUGUUAUUGAAGCGAACCAUUUUUAUAAAACAGACGAAAACAUGGGUAAACCGAAGAAAGCAAAUGUGGCGAUUAUUAAAAAUGUCAACUUGGAGAAACAGAUCACAGAGGGCAAAGUGUCCAAGGCCAAAAACAAGGAUAAGGUUAAAUUGCGGGCCGAAGAGUCAGCGAAUAUAGACACAAAAAGCAGCCAAAAGAUUUUGGCAGCUGCCAGACAACAGCAAUUGGAAAUGGACGAGGAAAACUUUCCAAGUUUGGUGCCCAGACGCAGUGUUAAUUUCAAUUUGCAAGAUACUGUGGAACCGGAACAGGAGGAUGUUACAGAAACGGACUUCAUGGCCGAUCUGGGCAUGGAUGAUGAUGACGUUGCUGCCUUCGAACGCUUCCAACAGCCACCAACCAAGGAGGGCAAGCGCACUCUACAUCUCUCCCAGAUGAUAAUGCAAAGGAUCCAGGAGAAGGAGGCCGAUAUACAUACAAAAAUCUCCGAUGAGGGUUCACUCAAAAUCGAAGAGAUCGAUCCCAAGGUGAAGGAAAUGUAUGAGGGAGUAAGGGAUGUGCUGAAACGCUAUCGCAGUGGCAAGAUACCAAAGGCCUUCAAGAUCAUACCCAAGUUAAGGAACUGGGAGCAGAUCUUGUUCAUUACGGAACCUCACAAUUGGAGUGCUGCUGCCAUGUUCCAAGGCACACGCAUCUUCUGCUCGGUGCUGUCCCAGGCAAUGGCCCAACGUUUCUAUAAUCUGGUAUUGUUGCCUCGCAUACGCGAUGAUCUGUGCGAAUACAAGAAGUUAAAUAUGCAUCUAUAUAAUGCCUUGAAGCGGGCUCUGUUCAAGCCGGCGGCCUUUAUGAAGGGCAUUAUAUUGCCACUGUUGGAGGCAGGCGAUUGUACAUUGCGUGAGGCAAUCAUCUUUGGCAGCAUUGUGGCACGCAGCUCCAUUCCCGUGCUGCACUCGUCCGCCUGCCUGCUCAAGAUCUGUGAGAUGAGCUAUUCUGGCGCCAAUUCGAUAUUCAUACGCUAUUUCCUGGACAAACGUUAUGCUCUGCCCUAUCGUGUCAUUGAUGCCGCCGUCUUUCACUUUCUCCGUUUUGAGAACGACAAACGUGAGCUGCCAGUGCUAUGGCAUCAAAGUCUGCUGACAUUUGCACAGCGCUAUAAGAACGACAUUUCUUCGGAGCAAAAGGAGGCACUUCUACAGCUUUUAAAAAAGAAAUCUCAUCCAAAGAUGACGGCGGAUAUUAGACGAGAACUCCAGGCGGCCAGUUGCCGUGAUGAGGAGAUGAUGGAAACGGAUAAUGCUACGGGCAGUCAACCGAUUAAAAUGUAUACCGAUGCAGAUGUGGACUACGUGGGUUAACUUCAAUUUCUAUCAAGUUAACAAACUAAUUGUAGCACCUCUAUAAGCAUAUUUAUAUUUAAUUUUGGAAACAAUCAAAAGCAUUGUUUAAUGUCUAUGUAAAUAUAUACAUACCUACAUAUAAAUAAAUAUAUGUGACUGAAAUUUAUA